GAGAUAACACUCUAAUCUCUGAACAAUCUCCCAGUCCCCCCCAACCUCCAAAAAUAAAUAAAUAAAUAAAUAAAUAAAGAAAAAUGAGAGGCUACUCCAAGAUGAAUCUAACAUCAAAAUCAAGCUUUAUGGACUUAUCAGAGCUCAACAAGUCCAAAGAAGAAGAUCAAAAUUCCAAGAUGGAGAUGAAGAAGAAGGACAACAAGAAUGAGGUGGUGCUAAGAAGGAACGUGUCAUGUUCUUCUUCUUCUUCUUCUUCAUCUUCUUCUUUUCAGAGAAUAAGAAGAGGACCUGAUGUGCUGAAAAGGGCAUUUUCCAUGAGGAGAUCAUCUUCUGUUGCUGAUGGUUAUUGCAGGAUUCAUGAUACUACUGAAUAUGAUGAUGAUGAUGAUGAUGAUGAUGAUGAUCUUCAAGAUGAUGAACAUGAACAACAGCAACAGCAGCAGCAGAAGGAUGUGAAAAGAUCUUCAAAGAAGAAAGGGACCAAGUUUUUCAGAGCAUGUAAGAGUUUGUUUAAGUUUUAGGAAUUAUUAAGACAAAAA